AAAGCUUCUGGCCCAGAAACUCAUGCGCUUCAGUGUGAGAGAAGUUAUGAGGAGUUAGUUUAGUGUUUUUAAACACGAGUUACAAGUUGGUGUGAGUUAGAAGUGACUCUACUGGUUUUAAUGGUCAGAAAUGGGAGCUAAUAACAGCACACGACGCGUGUCUUUUGAGUCAGACGAGAACGAUAAUAUUACAGUUGUGAAGGGCGUAAGGCUCUCGGAAAAUGUCAUCAAUCGCAUGAGGGAGCCAGGCCCUCCUCAAGCAAAACCUGAACCUCCACCUACACGUGUGCCCUCACGUUCUCCGUUUGACCCUUCAGCUACACAAUCGCCUGUAAAAACCCACACAGAACCUGUUGCCUCCCCUACCCUUGCUAAUGAUGCUUCUUCUUUGGAAAUAACUGCUCCCUGUUCCCCAGCUGAUGCAUCUGCUUUAGAAGAACCUGUGACUCCACCAGUGGAUGAUUUAGAGUUGAGGAGAAGGAUCACAGAAGAAGUGCAGAAAGGAAUUCAAGAGGAGAGAACCAGGACACAACAAGAGAUUCAUCAGUGGCUGGAAACGGAGCGCUCCCGGGUGCAGGUGAAGGCCCAUGCAGACGCUCAGGCUCACGUGAAGGAUGAGUUGAACAGAAUCCUGGCCUCAGAGAGAGAAGCCGCUCAGGACAGCGUACAGCAAGCCUUGCUCAGAGAAAGAGUCACCGCAGAGGAGGAAAGACUCCGAGCUCAGCUCUAUGCUAAGCGGUUGGAGGCAAAAGACAAGCAGCUGAAGAACCAGGAUGCUUUUUACAGAGAGCAACUGCGCAACAUGGAGGAGCGGAGCACCCAGUUCUUCAAGGUCACCAAUGAAAACUAUCACAAAGCAGCAGAUGAGGUGAACGCUAAGUUCAAACGCUAUGAAAUCAGUCCGGUCUGUGCUGACCUGCAGAGUCAGAUUCUGAACUGUUACAAGGAGAACUCUGGGACGACGCUGCUCUGCUCCAAUCUUGCGUCUCUCUACAUGCAGUGUGUUAACAAUGCUAAACAGAACAAGUUAAGGACUGGUGGUUAAGGCUGGAGGAUGCUUUCCGAGCAGCCGUGUCUGGGGCGCUACCAUUUGAAGGACAGCAGAGUCACCAGCAGAUACACACCUGACUCAGUGGAAUAGUACAGAUAACUGCAGCAAGGCUGAUAAAAUGCCCUUCUGACCCCUUCUUUACCCAUAUCUCACACCUCUUCACCCAUUUGUCCUUCCUAUGUCUCUUCUAGAAAGUAGAAAAGAAAAAAAACUGUUACAAGCAGCAGCAGCAGCAGCAGGUUUAGGAGGUGUACUACAAUGUGCUAAACGUCAGGAAUUGAACAGCCCAGUUGUACCAAAUACUCAGUAGCAGCAGGUUAAAAAGGAGUAAGAUUUUCCACUGUAAAGCUAAAGUUCAAUUGUUAACGCUGUUCUAGAACUUUCUGUCUGAUUCAUUUUUGCUUUGUUGAGUUUGCUAAGAGCUGACCAAGCACAGUUCCUCAUGUAUUAUUUAAAUAUCUUCACUUCAGCCUCAACAGUCUGACAUGAGAAUUUUAUUUCAACACUGAACUGUUCAUUGUGUCUGUGUGUAUAAUGCUGGUUUUGUUUCUGCUUUAUUUUUGCUUUUCAUCUGCAAAUAAGUGUCAUAGAGACACCCUAAUCUGUCAGGGAGAAUAAAAGAAUAAAACUGGAAA